AACACAACAUUGGGUAACCAACAUCUGUCAACAAAAAAAGGGAAUUUUCGAUUGGCCACUCGUCUUUGCGCUGGUAGAAAAUUUCAUCGUUGUAAACCGUACACGGAACAAUAGCGAUGUUGCGCCUGUUCGCCAACACCAUGCGACUCGGGGCUACCCGGCCUCUGAGCACGUCGGCGGUGAAGAUGAGCGACAACCUGUUCGUGCAUCGCGAUACGCCCGAGGAUAAUGCCAGCAUUCCGUUCGAGUUUACCGCAGACAACCAGAAGCGAGCGGAAGCCAUCCUGAACAUCUAUCCGGAGGGUCACAAGCGUGGUGCGAUGAUUCCGCUGCUGGAUCUUGCCCAGCGGCAGCACGGUUGGCUGCCACUGUCGGCCAUGCACAAGGUGGCCGACAUCCUGGGCCUGCCACAUAUGCGCGUGUACGAGGUGGCCACCUUCUACACGAUGUUUAUGCGCAAACCGACCGGAAAGUAUCACAUCCAGGUGUGCACUACCACACCGUGCUGGCUGCGCGGAUCCGACGAAGUUCUGGAUGUCUGCAAGAAAAACCUCGGCAUCGGUGUCGGUGAAACUACCAAGGAUGGUAAGUUUACCAUCUCUGAAGUGGAAUGUCUCGGUGCAUGCGUAAACGCCCCGAUGCUGGCGGUCAACGAUGAUUACUACGAGGAUUUAAGCGUGGCUGAUACGGAAGAAAUUCUAAACAGUCUCAAGCAGGGACAGCAACCCCGCCCCGGACCACGCAAUGGACGAUACGCCUCCGAACCCGUCGGUCAGCUGACCUCGCUUACGGAGGAACCGAAGGGUCCCGGCUUUGGGCUACAAGCAGGGCUGUAAGCAAUCGCUAAGCGUUAUUUUUCUGUCGCGUCCUAGUUGAAGGAAUAAAAAAUCGCAAAAAAAAUAAUAAUUACGGA